AUGAGAGCAGUAAAUGCUGAAGUCUGCCGAUAUCGCGUCUCAGUCUCAAAGUUCCACGAUGUUGUACACCGUGAGGAGAGCGCCUACCUGAUCCCUCCACAGUGUGAGGAGAGCCCCUACCACAUCCCUCCACAGUGUGAGGAGAGCCCCUACCUCUUCCCUCCACAGUGUGAAGAGAGCACCUACCUCUUCCCUCCACAGUGUGAAGAGAGCACCUACCUCUUCCCUCCACAGUGUGAAGAGAGCCCCUACCUCAUCCCUCCACAGUGUGAAGAAAGCCCCUACCUCAUCCCUCCACAGUGUGAAGAGAGCCCCUACCUCCUCCCUCCACAGUGUGAGAUAAGCCACUACCUCGUCUCUCCACUGUGUGAAGAGAGCCCCUACCUCUUCCCUCGACAGUGUGAGGAAAGCACCUACCUCUUUCCUCCUCAGUGCGAGAAAAGCUCCUACCUCUUUCCUCCACAGUGUGAGGAAAGCCCCUACCUCAUCCCUCCAAAGUGUGAAGAGAGCCCCUACCUCAUCCCUCCACAGUGUGAAGAGAGCCCCUACCUCAUCCCUCCACAGUGUGAAGAGAGCACCUACCUCUUCCCUCCACAGUGUGAAGAGAGCCCCUACCUCAUCCCUCCACACCCCUACCUCAUCCCUCCACAGUGUGAAGAGAGCCCCUACCUCCUCCCUCCACAGUGUGAAGAGAGCCCCUACCUCAUCCCUCCACAGUGUGAAGAGAGCCCCUACCUCAUCCCUCCACAGUGUGAAGAGAGCCCCUACCUCAUCCCUCCACAGUGUGAAGAGAGCCCCUACCUCUUCCCUCCACAGUGUGAGGAGAGCCCCUACCUCAUCCCUCCACAGUGUGAAGAGAGCCCCUACCUCAUCCCUCCACAGUGUGAAGAGAGCCCCUACCUCAUCCCUCCACAGUGUGAAGAGAGCACCUACCUCUUCCCUCCACAGUGUGAAGAGAGCCCCUACCUCAUCCCUCCACAGUGUGAGGAGAGCCCCUACCUCAUCCCUCCACAGUGUGAAGAGAGCCCCUACCUCAUCCCUCCACAGUGUGAAGAGAACCCCUACCUCUUUCCUCCACAGUGUGAAGAGAGCCCCUACCUCAUCCCUCCACAGUGUGAAGAAAGCCCCUACCUCAUCCCUCCACAGUGUGAAGAGAGCACCUACCUCUUCCCUCCACAGUGUGAAGAGAGCCCCUACCUCAUCCCUCCACAGUGUGAAGAAAGCCCCUACCUCAUCCCUCCACAGUGUGAAGAGAGCCCCUACCUCCUCCCUCCACAGUGUGAAGAAAGCCCCUACCUCAUCCCUCCACAGUGUGAAGAGAGCCCCUACCUCAUCCCUCCACAGUGUGAAGAGAGCCCCUACCUCUUCCCUCCACAGUGUGAGAAAAGCUCCUACCUCUUUCCUCUGAGGAAAGCCCCUACCUCAUCCCUCCAAAGUUGUGAAGAGAGCCCCUACCUCAUCCCUCCACAGUGUGAAGAGAGCACCUACCUCUUCCACCACAGUGUGAAGAGAGCCCCUACCUCAUCCCUCCACAGUGUGAAGAGAGCACCUACCUCUUUCCUCCAGUGUGAAGAGAGCCCCUACCUCAUCCCUCCACAGGGUGAAGAGAGCCCCUACCUCAUCCAUCCACAGUGUGAAGAGAGCCCUACCUCAUCCCUCCACAGUGUGAAGAGAGCACGUACCUCUUCCCUCCACAGUGUGAAGAGAGCCCCUACCUCAUCCCUCCACAGUGUGAAGAAAGCCCCUACCUCAUCCCUCCACAGUGUGAAGAGAGCCCCUACCUCCUCCCUCCACAGUGUGAAGAGAGCCCCUACCUCAUCCCUCCACAGUGUGAAGAGAGCACCUACCUCUUCCCUCCACAGUGUGAAGAGAGCCCCUACCUCAUCCCUCCACAGUGUGAAGAGAGCACCUACCUCUUUCCUCCAGUGUGAAGAGAGCCCCUACCUCAUCCCUCCACAGGGUGAAGAGAGCCCCUACCUCAUCCAUCCACAGUGUGAAGAGAGCCCUACCUCAUCCCUCCACAGUGUGAAAAGAGCACCUACCUCUUCCCUCCACAGUGUGAAGAGAGCCCCUACCUCAUCCCUCCACAGUGUGAAGAGAGCCCCUACCUCAUCCCUCCACAGUGUGAAGAAAGCCCCUACCUCAUCCCUCCACAGUGUGAAGAGAGCCCCUACCUCUUCCCUCCACAGUGUGAAGAGAGCCCCUACCUCAUCCCUCCACAGUGUGAAGAGAGCCCCUACCUCAUCCCUCCACAGUGUGAAGAGAGCACCUACCUCUUCCCUCCACAGUGUGAAGAGAGCCUCUACCUCAUCCCUCCACAGUGUGAAGAGAGCACCUACCUCUUCCCUCCACAGUGUGAAGAGAGCCCCUACCUCAUCCCUCCACAGUGUGAAGAGAGCCCCUACCUCAUCCCUCCACAGUGUGAAGAGAGACCCUACCUCAUCCCUCCACAGUGUGAAGAGAGCACCUACCUCAUUUGUGAAGAGAGCACCUACCUCUUCCCUCCACAGUGUGAAGAGAGCACCUACCUCUUCCCUCCACAGUGUGAAGAGAGCCCCUACCUCAUACGUCCACAGUGUGAAGAGAGCACCUACCUCUUCCCUCCACAGUGUGAAGAGAGCACCUACCUCUUCCCUCCACAGUGUGAACAGAACCCCUACAUCAUCCCUCCACAGUGUAAAGAGAGCACCAACCUCAUCCCUCCACAGUGUGAAGAGAGCACCUACCUCAUCCCUCCACAGUGUGAAGAGAGCACCUACCUCUUCCCUCCAGUGUGAAGAGAGCCCCUACCUCAUCCCUCCACAGUGUGAAGAGAGCACCUACCUCAUUCCUCCACAGUGUGAAGAGAGCCCCUACCUCAUCCCUCCACAGUGUGAAGAGAGAACCUACCUCAUCCCUCCACAGUGUGAAGAGAGCACCUACCUCAUCCCUCCACAGUGUGAAGAGAGCACCUACCUCAUCCCUCCACAGUGUGAAGAGAGCACCUACCUCAUCCCUCCACAGUGUGAAGAGAGCCCCUACCUCUUCCCUCCACAGUGUGAAGAGAGCACCUACCUCAUCCCUCCACAGUGUGAAGAGAGCACCUACCUCAUCCCUCCACAGUGUGAAGAGAGCCCCCACCUCUUCCCUCCACAGUGUGAAGAGAGCACCUACCUCAUCCCUCCACAGUGUGAAGAGAGCACCUACCUCAUCCCUCCACAUGUGAAGAGAGCCCCUACCUCUUCCCUCCACAGUGUGAAGAGAGCACCUACCUCAUCCCUCCACAGUGUGAAGAGAGCACCUACCUCAUCCCUCCACAGUUGUGAAGAGAGCACCUACCUCAUCCCUCCACAGUGUGAAGAGAGCCCCCACCUCUUCCCUCCACAGUGUGAAGAGAGCCCCUACCUCUUCCCUCGACAAUGUGAAGAGAGCCCCUACCUCUUCCCUCCACAGUGUGAAGAGAGCCCCUACCUCAUCCCUUCACAGUGUGAAGAGAGCCCCUACCUCAUCCCUUCACAGUGUGAGAAGAUACGUGUGAUGGUGUUUUUGGUGGAUACAAGUAGCUCAUUCAGACAGAUCACCUCGUCUGGUACUAAUGGUACUAAUACUUUGAUUCCAGUAAACCAUCUUGAGCCAGGUAUUCUCCAGCUAAAACAUGUGUAUAUAGGAACUGUCUCUGCCGACGGUAAAGAUUCUGAUGAAAGAUUCAAGUGA